GUCCAACCAUCGAAGAAAGCCUCUCUGAGCGUCACGAGCGGAGCAAACCACCUACUGAGUGCCUCUGCUACGUCUUCAUGAGAGCAGAGGUAUCGAGAAGUAGAGAUGAGAGAGACAGAUGUGACGAGACAAAAAGCGAGAGAAGUGAGAGACAACAUCUUCAAGUCACUCUUCAUCUCGAAAUAAAUGAGGCUAUUCUUGCUCCAUCGACAUUGUACAACUAGUGCCUUCGAGCAGGAGAAAUUGUUGUAGUCGUCGAAUCGUAUGACGAGAAAAAUACCGAGGAUUCACUUUCUCUCAUUGUUAUACAUUUCUUCUUCAAUCGUAAACUUUCGAUCAUGCACUAUCGAACCGUUUCCAUCGUUUAGACAUCGAAGGCUGCGGGGUCGGGUGGAGAGCGUUGAUGUAGUUGUUGUAACUAAGUAAUUCGUAUUCGAUUGAUCGUUGGUUGUUAGAAGACGAUCGUGCUGCAAGAACUGUUUCUUCUCUCUCGGUUGUUGUCGUCAUCUCCGUGCUGUUCCUUAAUGUAAAAAGAAGUUGUAGUAGGUAGCAUUUUUCGUUGAAUGGAUUAUGGAUUAUAUAAUUACAUUUAGUUGAAGACAAUUUUGAUAUAAGCAUGUCCACAAGAGAGCCAGAACGGCGAGGUUUUCGCCUAUGCCUCCGCGGUUGCGGGUAGCAGCGGCACGGUAAUACCGUGCUCUAUGCUGGCCCGACGGCGUCGGACACGCGCGAGAGCAGCAGACGUGAGAACAUCGAAUUAGGGAUCGUGGCAGUACCAGUAGCAGCACCUGAGCAUCUGCAUCUCACGCAGCGCUCGUGCUUGCAUGCAGACACUGUAUAAUAACUAGCAAAAAAGAUUGGUGCAGUAGAAAUAGUAGACGGUGCAACAGCAAGAGCAGGAGCUACAGAUCAGCGACCCCAAUAUCUUCUCUCAAUCGCUGUUGAAGCAAAAUAUAGGUGCUAGUAGGCGCGGUAAGAGGUCCACACAAGUACGAUUUUACUUGUAUCGAGCUCGAGGGAGGAGACAAACGCGACAAUUACUCCUAUUACAACUUCGUCUUGUCAACUAGGUGGACGUCCUCAAUUCGGCCUAGGCGAAUUUUGCAGUUCUCUCUUGGGGACCAAAAAUAGUGACUGCUCACCUCCUUUUGCAUGAAACACAACGACAAAGAAAGAUCAUGUAAAAGUUAGAUUUCAGAACUACAACGAGAACUCCAACGUCGACACUCGUCGACAGUACUAUCUUCUAGCAGUUUGCAACAUCUAAAGAACGAAGACCGUCCCUCCCCUCCACCAGACGAGGACGCACCAUUAAGGGUUGAAAUAUUUCAUAUUUACAGGCUUUUCUGAUUCUCUCUUAAGAUACAACUAGAUAAGUGCUCUUUAAAAAUGAAAUAUUUCAACCUUUAACACACUACGCACCAGGAGUAGAUCACACACGCACCCACCAGGAGUAGAUCACUUCACACAACAAGAUGGCGGACGGACACGCUCCGGACGUGCACAUGGGUGCACAUCUGGACCAGAUGAAGAGCGUGAAUCAGGCAGAAAACUUGCAGGACUUCAGGAGGGAGCGCGAGGGCCACCUGAUGAUACGCGAUGACCAACCCUUCCUCAUCAUGAGUUUCGGAAUGAAAUACCAAGGGGUACCUCUAGAAGUUCUAGCUUUCUAGAUUGGGAGAUUCUAAUAUCUUUAUUUUUGUUGGACCAUUCGAACACAGACUGUUAAGUCGCGUCUAGUUUCUCGGUGAGAAACACUUGAGAGGGAUACUGUUUGCACAAUUUGCACUCACAGCCUGAGACUAAUGAUCUCUGGUUGGUCAUUUCUCCGGGGCGAGCACAGGACGGGCCGGGCCCUUCCUCUGGGUCGCCGUGUCUUACCUCGUACACAGGCCUUGCCCGGCGGCUUCGCGGCAUGGAUGCCGUUCCUUAGCCCUCCCAGUGACGGGUGUGCCGAAUUCUGACAUCAGUCGGAUUCGAACCAUGCGUCAUUCAGAUCCGGAGAAACUGAACUGAGACACUUGACCACUAGGCGAAAUGAUCCCUGUGGAUAUUCAUUGGGGUUGUAAGGAGGAAGUCUCAGCUUCAUCAUUGGGAUAACAUGUUGCAUGGGGAAACUUUCAUAUGCUUCAUAUGGAAACGCUUAUGCUAUCAUCAUUGAUUCAUACGAUCAUCAUGCACUGGCAUUCAUCAUUGAUCAGAACUUGACAAGACGUUAUGGACCUGAUUACAGCUAUGAAACAUUCAUCAUUUCUUCUAUCUGAAUACGUUGGAGGUCCUUUGCAUGUUGAUCAUUGAUUUUGGAACCAUAUGCAUUUAGGUCUAUAGGUUAUCUGUGAGAUCAUUCCGGUGCUGUUUUGUCCUUGACUGUGUUGGGAGGCUUGAGCCACAAACGAGAGAGAGAGGAGAAGCCAGAGACACCCGCGCGACGGUAAACCCGUCGGGCGUUUGGAUGGUGCUCCGGUAACCUUUUGCCUGGCGAUCUUGGUCAUUUUGCUGAUCUUUAUCCUUGUGAUCUUUGUGAGUCCAUUAGGAUUAUGACCUUGACCAACACCCCUCCUCAAUCGUUGCGUGUCGAAGUCCCUAGUCUUCUGGACUACCACGGAAAUCAUAUCUCCUAGCUACUGUUUUAUGGCUACGGUAUACUUGGCUAGAAACCAAAAUAAACCGAAUAUACUACGCUAUAGUAGACUAAAUCAUCCCCAUUCGUUUCAUCGUCUGAGGAAUCACAAUCAUCAUACUCAACUUUAGUUAUCGGGUUAUCUAUAUGGUGAAGUAGUAGUCUACGUUGAGACGAACUACAUUCUAGCUUAGUUAAGCCAUCAGCCUUCAUUAAGUUAGUUGGACAGAAAACUAUCUUACUGGCCGCAUCACGCACACGCAAAUAGCGAAGUGCAUAAUGGCGACUCUUUGGGCGUGUGUCAGUUGCUUUAGCUGUUGUGAUCGCGGAUUGGUUGUCGAUCCAGAGCACAGCAUUGUCUAAAGAGGGAGACAAGCCGUUCUGUGUGUGUACCAACUGAGUUGGUAGAGGCCUAUAGAAGUCUGUAAAGUCAUGCAGUUCACUAAGCACAAUAGUGUCAGAAGCUGCAAUAUAUUCACUUUCAGCCGUUGAGUAGGCUCUAACCGUUUGUCGGUUACUUCUCCAAGCAAUUGGAACGCCUUUGAAAUACAUGAUCGAUCCACUUGUACUUCUCAUAGUCUUUACGCAGUUGGCGAAACCUGCAUCACUAAAGAUAUUCACCUCUGGCAUAUCUCUGCCUUCAGGUAGUAACUUUGAAUAGAUUUUAUUGAAUUCUUCUUCUUGUUCUGGUGAGUAUUCCAGUCCUUGGUCUCUCGUUGUCACCAGAUACUUUAGCACUUUUCUGGCUGCUUUAACCAUUCUUGUUGGCGCGGGUUUGCUGACAUGUCUAGCCAAUGCUGCCACCGGUACAGAAAUGUCCGGGCGCGCGGUUACAGCUACCCAUAGCAAGGCACCAACUACCUCACGAAAGGGAUACCCUUCGACUAUCUUGAUCCCCUCCUCAAGAAAAGCCGACUCGUCAAAAUUGGGCGAGUAAACCGGUUUUCCGACAUCAAUUUCGAACUUCUUUGCGAUUUUAUCAAUGUACUCCUCCAUAUUGAGCCGAAAUGUUCGAGCUUCACGGCAGUAGUACACGAUGGCACCUAAGAAGUCGAACCUGAGCCACGUUUGACCCCAAGGGGUUGGAACGGACUCCACAUCAAUCGCACGGCCAGGGGCACGCGAGAAGAUGAGUUCUAGUUCGGUCUUGAGUUCAUCAAGAUCAGGACCCGUUGCAAGAUUGUCAUCAACAUAGACGGACAUCUUGAGGAACUUCCCUGGUACCUUCGCACUCGGCUUUCUCCAUAAGCCUGGCGCAGAAUCACACGGCUCCCAGCCAAUACUGGCUAGUGUGUCGUGAUAUUUCUUGAACCAUGCUCGUGGUGCGUCCUUCAAGCCGUAUAGGGCCUUCUUGAGCUUCACGAUCUCACGUCCAUGCUUCUCUGCCCAGAUGGGUGGGAGACGACAGAAGACAUCGCGAUCGAGUUCAGCAUUGAGGAACGCAGAAUCUAAAUCGAACGGGAUCACAUAGUCCUGUUCUGACGCAGCAGAAGUCAGGAGCAGCCUAUUAGCGGCGUGUGAAACUACGGGAGCAAAGGUGUUUAGCUCUCCUGAACGAUCUAGAUUACCGAGGACACAAGCGCGAGCCUUGUAUCUUCCACAUCUUUUAAUAGUUAGAAUUAUGGCAAUUGGUAGAGCCUGUCGCGCGGUCGCAAGCUCCUCGUCAGAAGCUUCUUUCCACGUCUCAAAGGCUAGAAGUCUCGCAUGCUCUUUGUCAAUAACCUCCCGCCACUUAUCGGCAUCAGGAGACUUGAGUGCUUGAGCAACGGACAAAAUCACAUAUGAUUCGACGAAUUCCUCAUCUUCGUCUAAUUCACACAUGCCACCUACUGCACUAGCGAACAGCGCCACACUCUUUCUCAGUUCUUCUAACUGUUUCUUUGUUCUUCGAACCCUGCUACCUGCUUUGUCCUUCGCUCCUUUUGGUCGGCCACGCUUCUUGACGUGUGUACGGCGUUCGCCUGCCACAACACGUGCUGGAGAAGGCGCUUUCGACUUAGACAGACUUAGCGGAGCAGAUGUCUCGCAAUCCUUCGCUUCAGCAUUCCCCUCCUCAAGUGAAACAUCUUUAGGAGAGUCAGCUGCGUUGGAUUCCUCUACUUUAUCCAAUGUCUCAAUAAAUAAUUCGUCGGAAAUCGCGGUCGGUCCACCUGGAGUGUGCUCCGUGCCAGAGAACCCCGAUUGAUGAUCCAGCCUUUGCACUGACUGUCCAAGCAAGGGGGAGCCCAGCGACGACGCGCCACUCUGCAGAUUUUCCAGCUCGUCAUACUCAAUGUAGAUGCCCUUCUGAUCUGGCAAAAGCCAAUCAAUAUUCUUAAUUAGAUAGUCCUCUCUGAACUUUACAUCUAGGGUAGAGUAUUCCGCCCAUCGAUGUCCAAGCUUGCAACGAUCGUCAUGAGCGAAGGUUCCAACCAACCAGCCAGACGACUUCGGACAGAGUCCAAGGAAGACGCCGCGGCGGUAUUUGGCCGAGAGCUUGGGUUCAGGAGUGUUGGCUUGAAUUUGUUCACGAAAGUAAACUAGACAACCAAAUCGGCGGAGCAUGCCGAUUGAGCUCUUCGAUGAGUUUCUACCAGUCCUUUCUUCUAAGAUUUCAAUUGGACUCUUUCCAUCAUGUUGAGGCAUUUUUGCAUAGUUAUGCGGUAAACGAUCCCAGCAGUCACCCGCGUACUCGACGCAGUAACACCAGAGGCGUUUAUCAACUUUAGUCAGCAUUGUGCGAACACUGCCGAACAAAGUCCGCAUAAAACGUUCGCAGGUACCAUUCAUCUCCGGAUUAUAAGGAACAGCCGGACUGUCUGAGACUCGCAGCGAUUGCAUAACUUUGGUCAUGUCAUCACUGCUCAGGACAGGUUCUCCAUCCCUCCGGAGGAACCACACUACCUUGUCAUCAAGUGAUAAGGAGUAGUCCUGGCGAAUGCCUUUGAUAACUUCUUCUAUUUCCUCCACACAGUCACUUUUCAGUUUAAGCGGUCGACAGAGCACCUUCUUAAUUACAUCACAGAUGAUCACUAGUACACAUCUCUUUGACCUGACUGAUACGGGUUUGAUUCCAACAGCAAAGUCGAUUGCUAGUAACUUCAAUGGUUCAGGUUUGUAGUUCGAAGUAUCUCUAGCUUUUGCAUGUGAUGCACGUUGGCCUUUAUGUAGAUCACACUCAGGGCAAUUUACCUGGAGGCCAUCUAUAUGAAAGUGCCCACAUCUUCUAUGAAGUUCAAGUCUUGUAAGAUAACAACUACUGACUCCUUCUUCUACUGUUGAACAGAUAUAACCACUAUCAGUCUCUUCUUUAAAUAAGUUGCAUGCAAGUAUGGGAAGCUGCAAGCGUGGAUGACUUCUUAUGGGUAUGGCCUGGCCGGUGUCCGUAUGUACGAGACAACCGCCUGUGCCUUUGAAGUUGAAUUCCCAUCCUAAUUGCGAGCAGUUCCCUUCACCUAGCCAAGGUAUAAUACGAUCUAAAUCCUUUGGUAGUGAAUCAUAAUAAACACCAUACUGGAGCCCUAAGAUGUUUGACUUUAGUUUUCCUACUCUUCCGUCUUUACUUCCAGCGCUACCAGUAAUCCUACAAAUUCUCAUAGUUAUUUCACUAAAAUCAUCUUUGUGUCUUGAAAGAUAUUUGUUUGCACAACUAUCAACCAGACUAACUUCUUCUCUUGUAGUAAUGGAACUAGUUGAGAGACUAUGUCCCACAAGUUUUACCUCCCCUGUAUUAUUUACGUUUAUUUCUUCACCCUCAUCUUCAUCCAAGUUCAGCGAGCAAAAUCCGCUUUCCACCGGUUCCGCAACUCAGCUCUGCUUUCCGCCGUUGAGAGCGUGCCACAGCUCCGCAACUGCAGACAUGUGAACCAUGCCAUUACCCUUUCCACCUUUACCCAUAGCACUACUAGAUUGGGAACUGGUGUUCCAGUUCCAGUUUGCCUGGUUCUGUGGAUUCUUCCAACAAGACGCGGACUUGUGACCCGGUUUGUUGCAGAUCCAACAGACUGGACGGGUAUCGUGUUUUCCAGAUCCUUUAUUAUUUUUGUUCUGCGGCUUUCCUUUGCCGUUCGAAUUGGAGGCAUAGACCUCGGCGGCGAUCUUCUUCUUUGUGUUUGCCUUGAAGCGCUUGAGAGCACUUUUAGACAGAAAGAUCUUACCACCUUCGUUGGCCUUUUCCUCGUCGUCCUCCUCUUCACGAGAACGCUUAUUCGAGGUCUCCUGAACAUUGACCGGAAACGCCUUCCCGAAGGAAUCGUUCUCAACCUUGUAGGUUCCCUCCUCGAUCAACGUCGCAAGACGCUUUUCAAGUCGGUCACCGAUCUGGUCAAAUGUCAGACCAUCUUCUUCCUGCAUGCGUUCGAUCGUUGCCUUGAAGUUCUUACAGAACAGCUCGGGCAGCUUCUGUAUCAGUGCGCCAUUUUGUUGGUCACUUUCAGGCACUCCUGCUUCCGGCGGGUACACGGUGGGCGACUGGUUCAUGAUGUCUCGGACUUUCGACAAGAAUCCCGUGACAUCUGCAGGCUGAUCCGCGUUGUGAAAAUUCAACACACCAUCCGUAAGCGGUUUUACUUUCAUCCGUUGUUCCUGACGGUUGUUUUGAUCGAAGUGUCCUACAUCACGAAGGAGCACAACAACCUCACCUGCAUCCAUCGCAUCCACCUGACCAAUAUCGUUCUGGUUGUUGAUGAACGACGCAGCGGCACCUUUCAGACUACGAAUGAUCGCAUCUUUCAGGUUGCGCCACUUCUGCCGAAUUGUUUCCUCCCGAUUGGUAACUCCGUUAGGAAUACCAUGAGGAGCUGCCGGAAUGCCGACUACAUUCGUGUAGUUUUGAAGCAGGCCGAGACGGCUAGCUUCCUGACGUAUGGCAAGUUGCCAUGCUCGCCAGUCGGACUUCUGUCCGAGUUUCUUCGAAAUUUCUUUCGCAUCGCAGGACAUUUUGAAAAGUUGUUUCUAGAUGGAUUUCUACUCUAUACUUAGCUCAAGGGUCAAAGUAGUGUUGGAUACAUUCGAACACAGACUGUUAAGUCGCGUCUAGUUUCUCGGUGAGAAACACUUGAGAGUGAUACUGUUUGCACAAUUUGCACUCACAGCCUGAGACUAAUGAUCUCUGGCUGCUUUGAUCCCUGUGGAUGUUCAUUGGGGUUACAUGGAGGAAGUCUCAGCUUCAUCAUUGGGAUAUCAUGUUGCAUGGGGAAACUUUCAUAUGGAAACGCUUAUGCUAUCAUCAUUGAUUCAUACGAUCAUCCUAUGUUGAUUCUCAUCAUUGAUCAGAACUGACAGUACGUUAUGAACCUGAUUACAGCUAUGAAACAUUCAUCAUUUCUUCUAUCUGAAUACGUUGAAGGUCCUUUGCCUGAUGAUCACUGUUUUUGGAACUAUAUGCAUUUAGGUCUGUAGGUUAUCUUUGAGAUCAUUCCGGUGCUGUUUUGUCCUUGACUGUAUUGGGAGGCUUGAGCCACAAACGAGAGAGAGAGGAGAAGCCAGAGACACCCGCGCGACGGUAAACCCGUCGGGCGUUUGGAUGGUGCUCCGGUAACCUUUUGCCUGGCGAUCUUGGUCAUUUUGCUGAUCUUUAUCCUUGUGAUCUUUGUGAGUCCAUUAGGAUUAUGACCUUGACCAACAAUUUUUCUAGUACUGUCGAGAAGUUUUUCUAGUACUGUCUAGAAGUUGUUGUAGCUUUGCCGAAGAUGGGGAGAUUCAAUCUUCUAGACUUUUAGUUAAUCUUAAUACAUUUUUCCUAGACAAAAUGUAGCAUUAGGAAGAAUGAACGUGAACUCAAUGUAAUAGUAAUUGCAGUGAUGGAGGUGUUUAGCUUCAUCCCCUCGGCCUCCUUUCUACUCAUUUUCAAAUUUUGAUGUUAAAAAUUCGAAUUUCAUGUUCAACCAUGUACCCAUACUUCUCGACAAAUACAGGUUCACACGAGCAAAUACAAAAUAGAGGGGAAGUAUCACAUACCUGUAGGGUAUAAGGCGAUAGUGAAAUGGGACGACGAUGAGAUCGUUUUUAUGACGCGAGAAGGCUCGUUCGGUCCUGAAUUCCAGAUAAUCUACCUUCCAAAAUCAGCAGUAGCAGAGGACUUCACUCUCUUCGAGUGGAAUCCAAACAUAGCAGAAAUAUGGGAUCAGCUCCUCACGGUACUAAUAGUUUUGUGAUAAUACAGCUUCUCGUUUUUAGUAAGUGGGAGUACUCAAUAGAAGAAGUAGAACGGUUUUUCGAUUAAGAUGUUAAUUUUACUAGGCUUCAUGAUAUUUAGAAUUUUUUCUUGUGUCGUGUUGAUUCUGGUGUCUACCAUGAUGAAACAGAUGCGGAUAUUCUUCGUGUGAUGUCUUCUACGAACAACAACUACCAUGAUUUCUUCUUGAUAAUUCCUUCUCCCUCUCCCACCUCGAUCUCCAGGUGCUCGAGACGCAGGACAAGGAUAUGGGUAUGUUUGCGGCGGGGCCAUGGCAGACAUUCGGUGUAACAGAGGACACAGUCCAAAUAGCAGUAGCCCAAAAUGUGGACCAGAAAACGGUGGUUGACGGUAUAUUUUUUUGUCUUCGUAGUUCUUGAUGUAACUACAAGAGGUUUUCUAGAAGCACCAAAAUAAGUGAUCAGUACUUGACAAAUAGUAGCACUGAAAGUCCAGAAGUCAUCGCAUCUUUAUACGUGUAUUUUUCAGUUCUCAACGCGCUCGUGGUAUUCGACUUUUGAACAACAACUUGUUACAGUCUAAGUACCUCCAUUCAAGACAGUAAUAAUCCUCGGUUAGUCCCUCUCCCUCCCAUCAAUACAGUAAGUGCCUCCUACAUCUAAUAGUGGUUGCUCUCGACAAUGUCAAUCAUGUUCUACAUCUAAAGUACUACAUCUAUUAUAAAUAACCAAAUUACUUUACUCGACGCUGCAGGUAUCCUUUAUUGUGCCAAUGGUACGCAGCCGACGUUGGAGGAAUGCGAAAGAUAUCUGGGUUUUAACUACGACACCGAUGAGCCAUAUUCAUGGGUACAGGAAUUUUAUUGACAUGUGCCUCCUCAUCAAUAACUAUUUACUCAUCGAUUCCUGUUAACAAGUUUACGUCAACAAGAAUUUUGGUAACAUGUUUCCUCAUCAAUUUCAAGAACCACGUUUAACAGUCCAAUUAGUACUAUUACUAGGUAUUUCAUCCACUUCUUCACGUAAUCAAUCCUAGUGCCCUUCACGACCAGGUUGUGCACGAGUUUAUGAACGAGCCGCUUCCGAGCGAUUACUAUCAGUAUUGCUCGAAUGGUAUGUUCUACUGGGUAGAUGGAAGGACACAGGAAUCGACGUGGAAGCAUCCGCACUAUGACAAGUACUACUUGUUACUCUACUUGUUGUAGUUUAUUUAACAAAUCUUUUUAUAAUCAGUAUCAGAUACGUGUCACUUGUUUUUGUUUCAGAUUUCUAACGUUUAGCAAGCCUGAGCAUCUAGUAGUUUUCACUGAUUAUCAUACCCCAAGAUUGGGUACACCACUACUACUACUAAAAAGAGAUUUCUGAAAUCUUUGACCACCACCAGGUACAAGCAGAUGCUCCAAGUGUGCCGCAAACAGAAGACCUUGCCCCACUGGAAGGCCAUCAUGGCUUUCCAGAUAGAGUUCUUGUUUUCCACGCUGUUCACGUGGGAGGCGGAGGUCAGCGGUGUGUAUCCAAAAUUAAGGGUAGUUGAUAACUAUCUUCCCGCGUGGGCUAUGUUGCUGAGUGAAGUCCUCCUUGAUUUCAAGGGGAACAAACUAAAGGGCAAAGAGGGCAACGACCCACUCGACUCGGGAUAGUGAAAAACUACCGCUAACAAAAGAAGAGACAGUCGAGAACGUGCUAGAGAUGGCGAGGAUUUUCAAAGUCGAUAUCAAGAACGAACCCUAUCUAGUGCACGUGUUGAAGCGAGCCCUGAGGCAUUAUGCGGUCGUAGUCAAGGAAAAACGUGCGGUGCAAGACGUCGAAGACUUCAGAAAUCUCAUGCAGCGAUACAGAGACAUCGUCGGAAAGUAUUCUUACAAGAACGAUAGACGUGACUUGUUAUUAUUUUCUUGGGGGCUACAACGACCAGGCAGGGAUUCUGAACUAAAACUUGUUUUUUCUUAACUAGCUAGCAGCUAUGAGAAAGUGAACGUUCAACUUGUAGUACUUGAUACUCUAACAUUGUCACUUCUUCUUAAAAUCAAUAUGAUACUCAUGAACAUUGAAGUGGUUAUGCCGUGAUGAGUUCACGAUGAUCAUAGUGCUUAGUAUGGAUUUGGAGCCCGGCUUCAAUUCUUUUGGACUGCUCGGCCAUUGUCGAGCCUCCGCUGAUAAUAGGCACCAACUUCCCUUUCGGAAAUUGACCUGCUUAUUUUCGUUACUAUGUUUUUUAGCGUUGCGCUUCGUGACUUCAUAUCAUUUGAGGCUGCAGAGUGUCAUCGUAUAGUCUAGGGGUUGGUAUGUUAGCCAAUGAUAGACUUCAUGGAAUGGAAUACAAUGAAUACGUGUGUGUCGACUACGACCUAUUGACCGACUUUAUCAAGUUUGAGAGCUCGUCUGCACUUUUACCACUUCUCUUCCUUCAGCUACGAACGUGCGAAGGCGGCACAGGAACAGCAAACUAGAGCUGUAAUGCAGUGCGUUGAAUGUGCACCUAGUGCAAAUCCUCGCGACGCAGUCUUGUACUUGCAUAAAUUUUGCACUAGUUGUAGCUGGAACAUCAUAGAAAUAUCUUGUUUUACCAUUCAUCAUUCGACACUUAACAAAUCAAAAAAUCAUAUCUUUUCCUCGUUAGUAGUUUCAACAAAAAAUGACCGUUUAGUUUUUCUCUUCCAUCGAUCCCUCAAAAAAUGACCGUUCUCGCUCCAUUGGUCCCAAAAAAAUGCCCUUCUACAAAAACUUCUCAGGUACUGCGAUCAUUGUCGGGAUUUGUUCUGUCAGCAGUGUUUUGACCGCUUGCAUAGUAAAGGGCGAAGAAAGCACCAUCGUAGAACGUGGGUCGAAUUAGGAACAUGCGCCGAAUGCGAGGAGGCCUUAGCCGUCUACCACUGUGUCCAGUGCCAGGGUAGUUCUUUUACUAGAAUCAAUAGAGUUUCAUUAUUUUUGUUCUCAUACUUAUUUCUUAAAAAAUCCUGAACAUCAAUAGCAAUAUUUUUACUCUACUCAAAAAUUAUAGACUAAUCAUGCUAUGCACCCUGAAUUGAGUCAUCACCUCCCCAACUACGGUCAGAUGCCUACUGUGGCGAAUGCUUUCAAGAGUGGCAUCAGCGUGGCGGAAGAAGAAAUCAUGUGCCGAUCAUUCUUCGAUCCUUCUCGACACAGACGCAUAAGGUACUAUAAUUUUGUGCGUAAGAACUGGUGUAUUUUUUUGACCAAGAAGGGCGAGUAGUACUAUGGAAAGAACUAGAAGAUCCAUUCAACACUUUGUACAUCCAUUCAACACUUUGACAUGACAGCACAUACGGAGGCCAACUACAUAAGCUGUCAGUCAACAUUGACUCACUUCGAAUAUUAUGACUAGUGCUUGACAACUACAAGAACGACUGCUUUCCUGAAAAACCAACUAGGUGCCUGCAAUAAGCACGUUCGAUUUCGGGAAUAUUAGUGCCGCGGCAGUGACCUUAGGUGGCGGAGCAGCGCACAAUUUAGCACGCGCUUUGUCACCCUGGAUAGCAUUUGACGACGAAUCAGACAUUCGAGUCUACUACAACGUGCAAACCUUAAGGGGGCAAUAUAAAAACUAGUUUUUCAUCAACGCCACAAGAUCCUGUAUCAUUCUUGUGGCUGUUGAUUCAUCUAGUAUUUUUUCACCAACGAACUUCUCUUGAGCAAAAAAACAGGGAGGACUACGACGGACAGUUUCUUCCCUUAUAUCAACUUCUCUCAAGAACAGUGACCUGUCUACUUGUAUAAUCCUUGUGACAUAGCAUUCACAAAAGUGCAAGAAGACACUGAAUGUAGACUAGUAUGACAAUGCAUUGUUGAAAAUAAUUAUACCACUAUAGUCAUCUCUCGUUCACAUCAUUGUCACCUUAGCGUCGUGAUGUAGGAUGACGAGAAAACCUUCUUCUAAGAACCGAGGAGAGGAGACGCGACUUGCCUCUAGCAAUGCUCAACGAGGCCUUAGAAAGCGGGAUCGGUGGUGGCGUAGCUUGCGGAUGGGCAGGGUCCUGGGGUAGCGAAAUGUUUCCGACCGAUACAGGGAAAUAACAGCUUUUCUCCUUGGCAGCAAGUGAUAAUGCUGCUGUUUGGUUCCGUAGAAGAAUCGAUUCUCGUGUUGUACUGUUCAGGCACUUAAGAGCAUCCUGCUCCACCUGUUGCUCGAAAUUAUAACACGUCUCCUCGUGGAGGUCUUAUCUUUUCAUCAUAGCUGAUCAAGAAAAUCAAUCAUUAUACUUAGCUUAUCAAGUUAGAAGUACUCUUGCUAGUACGGCUGCAAUGAUACAACAACAACUGGAUUCCAAUGAUACAACAACUUCUCUGCAAAAUAUUUUUCUCGCUACUUUCUGCUUAGUAAGUAUGGUAGUUUGUUACCAUACUCCUGAUACUGAUUACAACACCAUUUUCGAAUUACAUCAAAUGAGAAACACCAGAUAGAAGAAGUAGAAAAACUAAGAUGCUUUCACCUCGCUCUACAAGAAAGGCAUUCAUUAAAAGUACCAUGACAUCAGAGCCAUUGCGCGGUUCUUGGUGACGACAUCAAAUGACCUGGCGACAGCCGGGCGCCGUGGCUUGAAAUCUAAGGAGCGCUGGUCUAUCUCUGUGUACUUAUGUAACUGUCAAAUGAAUUGGGGUCUUCGCUUCUGCAGGAGUACCACGCACAACGGUCCUACUGGUGAUACAGAUUCUUUGUUAGCGGUUUCUCGAUCUCGUGUAUGGUUUAUUUUUCGCAAUAAGAACAUAAAUAUACUUUCGUGACACAUGAUCGUGUAGAUGUUUUCUCAGUUUCUCGGUACUAGUAUGACUAUUCAAGCAAAUUAUUUGCUUGGUUCUUGCCUGGUUCGGCUUCAGGGUAUAAUAUGAAGAUGUAUAGAUGAUCACACAUAUAGAAGAAGAUUUACUAGGCUAAAAUUUUUAUCUACUUAACUAAAAUCAACAAGGCGUUCUUGUUGUUCGACAAGGAGCGCGACCACAAGCCCCCUCGCGUGGCGCAAGCGCCGAACUGUUGUAUUUGAUUGAUGUCAACAAUGUCAUAAGAAUGUCGCUGAACAACAGAAAAACAAGUUAUCAAUUUCAUCUACGAUUUCAUCAUCUACGCUAACAAUCUAACAACAAAUAACUCUACUUCUACUGCAAGGAAGGAAGAAAGAACCGGAUGAAAGAAGUAUGUCUAGCUCACUAGCUUUGCUCUUUUUAUUGUCUUAUUUGGUCGUUACACAAGAACGCGAAAUGAAAAUGAAUUCAACUUUCCAGCAAGAUGACACAGAUGGAACGAAAUGUAGAUCUAGAUGAGCUUGAAGUUGUGCCGUGAGAUGGUGCGCCUCAGUCACAAGAUGAAAGCAGACAUAGGCGACGUAUUUACCACACUACAGGUGGUAUCUCCUUCAUGACUGCUGAAGAUCAUAGCGCUGGCGCUUGUAAAAAAUGAAGAUGAUGAACAGGAAAGAACUACAACAGACUCAUGCUCAUAGAAGAAGGUGUCGCUCAUUGUCCGACGUCCGUGAGGAUCCCAGGACGACACACACAAUUUUCGUGAGCAAAAAUAAAGAAAGCGAAGAAAACCUUGAGCCACGACCACUUCUGCGUGGUUUCACCUCACCAGCUCAC